GUGGAUAUUUCAGGGACGCGCACGUUUAACGACCGUAAAUACGUCAGUGGCGCGCGCCCUCGUUCUUUCUUUCUCUCUUCCUGAAGAUGGCGGCAGGGACUUUAUACACAUAUCCAGAGAACUGGCGGGCCUUCAAGGCCCAGAUUGCAGCCCAAUACAGUGGUGCUCGCCUCAAAGUAGCCAGCAGCCCUCCUGCCUUCACCUUCGGGCAGACAAACCGCACCCCAGCCUUCCUCAACAACUUCCCUUUAGGCAAGGUGCCAGCCUACCAGGGGGAUGACGGGUUCUGUCUGUUUGAGAGUAAUGCCAUUGCUCACUACCUGAGCAAUGAGGCCCUGCGUGGUGCCACGCCUCAGGCAGCUGCUCAGGUUCUGCAGUGGGUGAGCUUUGCUGACUCUGAGAUCAUCCCUCCAGCCAGCGCGUGGGUCUUCCCCACUCUGGGAAUCAUGCAGUUCAACAAGCAGGCAACUGAGCAGGCCAAGGAGGACAUCAAGAAGGUCCUCGGGUUGCUGAACCAACAUCUGAACACCCGCACGUUCCUUGUAGGGGAGCGCGUCAGCCUAGCAGACAUAACUGUGGCCUGCUCCAUGGUCUGGCUCUACAAACAGGUCUUGGAACCUUCCUUCCGUCAGCCAUAUCCCAACGUGACCCGCUGGUUUGUCACCUGUGUAAACCAGCCCCAGUUCAAGGCAGUUCUCGGAGAAGUCAAGCUGUGUGAGAAGAUGGCUCAGUUUGAUGCUAAGAAGUUUGCUGAGAUGCAGCCAAAGAAAGAGGCCCCCGCCAAGAAGGAAAAGGCAGCGAAGGAGGCAGCCAAACCCCAGGAGAAGAAAGAAAAGAAAAAGGAGGAGAAGAAGCCUGAUCCUGAGGAGGAGAUGGAUGACUGUGAUGCUGUUUUGGCUGCAGAGCCCAAAGCAAAGGAUCCCUUUGCACAUCUGCCAAAGAGCUCAUUUGUCAUGGACGAGUUCAAAAGAAAAUAUUCCAACGAGGACACCUUGACAGUAGCUCUUCCCCACUUCUGGGACAACUUUGACCGUGAGGGGUAUUCCAUCUGGUAUUGUGUUUACAAAUACCCAGAAGAACUCACACUUACCUUCAAGAGCUGCAACCUCAUCACAGGUAUGUUCCAACGCCUGGACAAACUGAGGAAGAACGCCUUCGCCAGUGUCAUCUUGUUUGGCACCAACAAUGACAGCAGCAUCUCUGGUAUCUGGGUCUUCAGAGGCCAGGAUCUGGCCUUCACUCUAUCUGAUGACUGGCAGAUUGACUACGAGUCAUAUGAGUGGCGGAAGCUGGAUCCAAACAGUGAGGAGUGCAAGACCAUGGUAAAGGAGUACUUUGCCUGGGAAGGAGAGUUUAAGCAUGUGGGUAAAUCCUUCAACCAGGGCAAGAUCUUCAAGUAAACGGACACCAAGGCAUUGGAACUAAAGCACUCGUGCCCCUCCUCUUCUACACGUAACUACAGACUUUCAGCCACAUGUGCUUACUUUGCUGCAAAAAUGACUCUAAAUGACAGUGUUUGAAGACAAGUGAAAAAUGUCUCAAUGACCCAACUGGUUUUCUGUUUUGACCUGCGAAAUAAAGCGUUUUCCUCAACACCA